GUCCAACGAUGUCCGAAGCUGCUUACGGAUUACAACAAUGGAGAAAUGGCGAAUCACUUCACAUCGCCUGCUCAGGCACUCUCCGAGAAUUAUACCUGGGACUUCUCCAAGACCUGGUUUCGAGGGAUCAAUCCAACGUUCAGGUUCCAAGGAUAAUCUCGGAAGAGCAGAACGAUAUUUUCAAAAUGAAAAGCAGAACGUUGUAACAUAUUCCCAUCCUUUAAGAGAUUCCAUUGGAAACCUUCAAAAAUUUCCGGCAAGAAAUUUGUACAAAACUUACGGAAUCCAUUGUCGUUCUUUUGCUUCUGGGGCUGCAAGAGUUCAGAGGAACCCUUCAUUUUUAAGGGUAAAUUCUGAUGACAUUGCGUUUUUUAAAGAGAUAUUGGGGGAAAAAAUGUCAUUCAAGACGAAGAUAGGCUGUUAA